AUGAAUGACAAUUAAGGCUAGGUCAUAUUAGAUUAGCAUUCAGGAUUUUUAAUUAAUACUAAGCUCAAGCCAAAGAUCUAACACUUGAAACAGCAGAGCAGCCAAGAAGUAGACGAUAAUUUUAAUAAAACUCUUAGCAGAUCAAAAUAUUUUCAAAAUACAUUUUAACAGCCAUCUUUAGCAGAAAUUUUUAAGAAGGCUAAUUUGUUAGACAAGUCUACAAGGGUUAUUAAGGAAUUUUAGUAUUAAGAUAGAAGUAAAUCCACUAUAAAUAAAAAUAAUAUUGCUGAUGUAGUAAAAAAAUUUAGCUUUAACAAUUGUUUGCUUUUUAAGCCAGCUGAAAAGCCAUAACAAUUAACUAAAGAAAAAAGGAGCAUUUAAGUUAUCAAAAACAAUUUUGAGAAAAGAGAGAAAAUAAGAGCUCAAUCAGCUCACUAAAAGAAAUUGUCUUAAAAAAGUAAAGAUGUUAUGAGUGUUUCAAAAAGGAAAGACUUGAAUCAGAGUUAAUUUAAUGAAUUUAAAAGCCAUGAUAGGUCAUACAUUUUAGAUAAUGAAAAUUAUGGAGAUGAUAUGCUUAAUGAAAAUUCUGAAUACCUUAUGUUUCCAAUAUAUACAGAACCUGAUUAAUAUUAAACUUUUGCUUUUAAUGAUGAGAUAAAUUAAAUUUAGUAAAACAAUACAUUAUCAGUUUAGGGUAGAUCAAAAUAAGCCAAUUAAGUAUUUUAGCGUUAUAAUUCAUCUCACAGCAAUUCUAGAUCUCCUAUUAGUAAUUAAAAUGCAUCAAAAAUGUAAUAGAAAUAAUAAGUUUAAGGAAUAAUAGAUAAAACUUUUCACUUGCCUGAAAAUGAAGAACAAUUAAGAUAUAGUUAAACUUCAAGUCCUUAUUUCGAAUAAAUGAAUAGCUCUCAAAAUCAAUUUAGGAAUAAUUAAGAUAUUAAAUAAAACAAAUAAAAAAUUUAAGACUAGCAAUAAAAUGAAAAUGAUCAAUUCUAAAAUACAGUAAAUUAAUAACAUAUAUUAAAUUAAAAUAGCUAAAUAAAUCAAAUUCAGGAUUAAGGAUACAUGAAUUUGCAAACUUUAGGUGGAUAUCAUGACUAAAACCAAAACCAAAUUGAUAUUGGUCUCAGAAAUGAUAAUUAGUUUAUUUUUGAUAAUAAAAAUGAAUAUAAUAGCAAUAAUGAUAAAAAAAAUAAUUUACUUGACUUUUACUAAGAGAAUAAGACUACACCUUUUCAUCAUAAUAAUCCAAAUUCACAUCUCUUGAACAAUUCAUAAGGCUUAGAAGGCUAAUUUCUUAACUAAAAAGAUUAAUUAUAGUGGAGCAUAAAGCAAUAAUAAAAGAAUAUAAGUAAAAUAAAGCAUUAUAGUGCAGCACCUAUAAUAAAAUAAUAGAUAUUAGAUGAAAAUUAGUAUCAAAUGAUAUUAUAGACAAAAUAAAAUUAUAUAAAAAACUAUUCUCAGUCUAUUAGUGGAGUGUAAAGUAAAGGAAAAUCUCCUUGCAAUAUCAAUAAUUAAGCUUAGACAUAAAAUAUUAAUGCAUAAAGCUUAAACGCACAUGCAAAUCAAGUGACUCUUGGCAGCUAGUUAAUCGAGAAUUCCACAGAAUUAAAUUAAGAAAAGUAGGCUAACAAUGAUUUAAUUAAUAAUUCAGUUAGAAUAGAUGACUUAAAUUUGCAUCAGAUAGAUUGGGGAAAAAUUAUGAAAAAGGAAAAACCCAUUCACUCCAAUAACCAACUUUUAUAAAAGAAUUAAAGAUAAGUCCUUAGGAAUAUCAAUAAUUAAAAAUUCAAAUUUAUCAGAAAUGCAUCUAUGCUAGCACAACAAUAAAGUCGAUAGUUAAACAAUCAUAAUUAAGCAAGUUCAAAUAAUCUCUUUGAGUUAAGCAGUUUAUCUCAUAAUGUAAAUUAUGCUUAGUCUAUAUAUUUUUUCUAAACUGAGUCUGGUUUUAGACCUCAAACAACUUCAGCAGUUCAGAGAUAAAGACCCACAACACCUUAAACUCUUAAUAAUAAUUCUAUAUCCGCUGUAAAUCAAACAUAAAAAUAAAAAAGUAAUCACUAAUCCUUGAAUUUGUAAGAAAAAAACAGUAGAUAUCACUCAGUAAAAUCAACAAAUCCUAUAUAAGAUUUCAUAUAAAAAUAAACUGAAGAAGAUUGCUAAGAAUUAGAUAUACUCAAAAAUCCUUCAUAUUUACAAGAUCCUAAUACAGUAAAAGAUGCAAUCAAUUCAAGCUAUAAUCAAUCAUUCUAUCUGCAAAAAACUGAUUGCUCUAUUAAUGAGGGAAGGUUAAAAACUCAUCAAACUAAUCAAUCAGCAACACCUAGCAAAUAUUAAAAAAUGUAAAGAAAUUUCAACAGUUAGAAUUCAGUAACAGUGAGACCUAGCACAGUUUCAUAAAAGCGUCAAAAGUUAAAAUAAACACAUCAAAAUAUUGAAUAGUCUAUUAAUAGCCUAUUUAGAGAAUUGGGGAUUAGAAACAACUAGCAGCCAUCUCCAUUAAGAAUAAACACAUUUUAAUGA